CUGGAGCAGCUGGGGAAGCAAAUCCUCCUGGAGGGCACUGCCCACAUCCCUGUUCUCCGGGCUCCCUUGCGGGCAGAGAUAACUAAGGAUCCAGCUCUAGCUCCUAUCCUCUAGCAUCUCCUGCAGAGGGGCUGAGGGGAAGGAGAAUCCUGGCCCAGGCGGGGACUGGGAGCUGACAGGAAAAUGCUGAUGGAGUCCCCUCUCCCUCUCCCUUCCAUUAGAACUCAGCCGAAUUCCCCAGGAUGGGUCACCACGUGGCACAGCUGGCUCUGUUCGUCGGUGACCCAGACGAGGACAUCAGCCGGCAGGCCAGGGAGGGGGUUUACCGGCUCUACCAACUCCUGCUGCGCCAGAGGGACCUGAACAUCCAUGAGGUCGAAGACCUUUGGUGCUGGGACUGGCACCAGGACAGCAGGCUCCUUGGCUAUAAGAACACCGCCAGGGUGGGGGAGGUUUUUGCCAAAUUUUUCUCGGAGGGGCAGAGAAGAUUCUUCCUGCAGACAGCAGUGCUGGCCAUGCACGACCCCCUGCUGCGUGUCAGCCAGGCUGGGCUGCUCCUUACUUACUCCCUCCUGGGGCAAGCCGAGCAGCUGAUGGGGAGCAAGCAGGAGGUCGUCACAGCCAACAUAAUGAACCAACUUCACAUCAUCCGGCACUUGCGCCAAGUGCCGGAGGCGCUGCAGGAAUUCUGCCUCCAAGGCCACCAGCAACUCCUGCUCCCUCUAAACGGGGAGUGUAGUGAGACUGAGUGGCCUCCCUCCGAGCAGGAGAGCGAGGGCCCCUCUACACGCCCCUUGGAUGGCAGAGCCUAUAUUGCCCCACCCCCCUCACCUGUUGGCUGGCCACCAGGGCCUCUGGUAGACUCUGUUGCAACUGAGCGGCCUCCCUCCGAGCGGGAGAGCAAGGGCCCCCCUACACGCCCCUUGGAGGGCAGAGUCUAUAUCGCCCCGCCCCCCUCGCCAUAAGGACUGGGGCGUGGGGUCGGAAAUAUAAAA